AUGCUGAGCAAAAAUUGGGCUAACCUAUUUCUAAUAUUCUGUUGCUGCCUUUUCUGCUAUCAACAAUUCAGCGAGCAAAAGGAGCCACUUAUCACUGAGCAAAACGAAGCGCCCAUGAGUAGUAGUAGUGAACUGGAAUUCAUUCGACCCUAUAUGGGACACUUACCACCUGAUUAUUUAACAGUUCCUGAAUAUAAUCUCACGGCGUGUACGUAUCGGAAAUCAAUGUCGCAAAUGACGACGAAUGCUAUGUGUCUACUGUAUGACCCGCAACGGUUUUUGAGUGAAAAUCAUUCGUUUAAUGAGACGUGGAAGAGUAAGAGGUGAGUGUAGAAAUAGUGUUAGAGACGCAGACAGCUAGAGAGGCAGAGUAAAUUAACUUUGCACAGUUAUAACUUAAUAUACCGUGCAUAGUUAAUUUGCAGUACACAAUAGUCUCGUUAACGUUGAACAAGUUUACGUUGAGAAACUUUAACGUUAAGAAACGUUAAAGUUAAGAAACUUUAACGUUAAAAGACGUUAAUAUACCGUUUGCAGUACACAAUAGUCUCGUUAACGUUAAAAAACAUUAACGUUUAGAAACGUUAACGUUAAAAGACGUUAAUAUAGCGUGCAAACACCGUGCAGAGUUAAUUUGCAGUACGCAAUAGCCUCGUUAACGUUAAAAAACGUUAAAUUUAAGAAACCUUAACGUUAAAAAACGGUAAAAACGUUUUUAUUUCGUGAAUCUUUGCAAUUUUCAGAUCUUGUAAAGCUGCUGACAAGAAUGGCUUCGGUGGAUUUCCCGAAAAUCUUCAAAACACUUCGCGAUACACGAGAUUUGUCUUCAUUCGUGACCCAUUCGAUAGAUUCAUCUCAUUCUACUUGGAUAAAUGUCUACACGAAAAACGAUGCUAUAAUUGUGAACCUGAAGACCUACGAUGUGUAGUCAAAGAAGUCUACGACAGUUUAUUGAAGAUAUCGAGAGGUGAACAGGCACUUUUGACAAAAAUGUUGAAUAGCUCGUCAUAUAUGGAUAUACAUGCAACACCAACCACUUGGGUUUGUGAUUUUCAACAAUUUCGAAAUGUUUAUUAUAUUAUGGUUAUUGGUUCGAGUUUUGACGAGAGAAAAGAGCCAAUUGCGAAAUUUGUCGAGAUUUUAAGACGGAAAAAUGUGCCGGAAGUGUAUAUUUCAAAAAUCGAGGGAAAUCUAUUGACAUCUGAAACUCAUCAUUCAACACAUAAUUCUGAAAUGCGAAAAAUUGCGGAGGAAAAAGUGAAAAAUGACAAAAUCAUACGGGAAUAUCUGCAUAAAAUAUAUUUUUAUGAUUAUUUGGUUUUUCCGGAGUUCGAUAGAGCGCAUUUGGAUGCACCGUAUAAUAUGAGCAAUUCAAGUUUUGAUGAGAAAUAUCGAAAGGAUUAUGAAAGUCUUAUAAAAAGUCAGGAAUUUUUAUCGAAAUUGAAGAAUUGA